UUCCGUGAUAACUUCAUUAUCGAUGUUUAUUCUACAUUGGUUACCGGAAACCGCCCAACGCCACCCGCUAACUUUCACUUUCACUCGCCAAUAUUUAAAGGUCCAACGCCAGAAACAGAAACAUGAUCUUGUCAACAUUCACCAGCUGAGAAUGAACACUUACCUAAUUAUCUUAUGCAUUCUGUCUGAAGUCUCUGUCAACGUCGUAGCUAGAGGAGACACCAGGGUUGACUUCAAUGCCGACGCAUCAUAUACCUGCACCCAUGCGGACUCGACAGGUGUGCUGCAAGUCACCUGGCAGAGGCUGUUCAAAGACGACUCGGUGGAGAAUCUGGCCACCUACAGCAAGCGGUUUGGAGCUCAAAUCAUAGACCCGCACCGAGGCAAGGUGGUUUUCACGGAGGCAUCUCUCAACUCUACGUCUAUUACGGUGAAGAAUGUAACAUGGGCGGACGAAGCCUGCUAUAUUUGCUCCUUCAAUGUUUACCCGAGUGGUUCAAUACGCAAGCAGACUUGUCUUACCGUUCAAGGUGUAUCUGAAGUGAGAGCCACAAUGCAAAAAGUCCCCAGCACUGAAUCUAAAGCAGACAUGGAAGUUGUGGUCAGCUGCUCUGCCACGGGUAAACCAGCACCUUGGAUCCAAUGGAACAUUUCUGCAGCAGUACCCAUAAAGACACCUAACAACUGGACUGUCAUUAACAAAGACCAAACUGUCACAGCCAUUAGCAACAUCACCCUCCAACUGUUGCCAGGCUCAGGUGGAUACGUGGACUGUAUCGUAAACAAUGGGAUGAGGACACAGAGACACGAGCGGGUCCCGCUUCCUAUUCUCCCUGGAGAGAGUGGAGAGAGGGAGGUUGAAGAGGAUGACAGGAGGACUUCCCCGUGGGCGGUUGGCAUUCCAGUGUUCCUAAUCGUUUCCAUUUUAGUCAUCUGCGGCAGUGUCAUGCUUCAAAAGAAAAAAGGUUACAGGCAAGCAGCAACCACAGCAGACAAGCAGGACGCUUUUGGGGAAAGUGUGUAAAUGUUCAUCUGUGUUGAUUGCUAUACUUAUGUACUUUAGCUGACAGAGGUUUUUAUUGAGCAUCGGAGCGCUGUUGAUAUUUAGAGUCCAGUUGCAGAAGAGCCCUGUUCCUCAAGAGAUGAGAUCCUCUAAAAUGUCUCAACUAGACUACUAAUCCAUCUUUAGAAUAUUACAGUAUAUUCUAAUUGUAUGACAAAGGUCAUAUUAAAUGCAUGGUGACUAGCAAGAUACAGUACUACUAUUCAUGAAUGAGGAUGAGAGUGUCUGGGAGUCUUGGGAGGAUGAACAGUGUGCAGGCCUUCCUGUUCUUUAUUAGUGUUCUUUAUUAGCCCAGUUCCUACGUUUAGAAGGAUGUAGUUAUGACAAACAUUUCUAAUGAGACAGUCAGACAGGUAGAUGCACUGUGUACUAGAUAUAUUGAACCUUUUUGAGUUGUCAGAGUCAUAUUUCUUCCCCAGUCAUAUGUAAGAUGAUUUACACCUGCACCAUACAUUACAUAAUGGCGCUAAUAUUGUUUUUUUAUUUUGAAAUUGCACUUUAGUUUUGAGAAAUGAGGUUUGUCAGUGAGGAAAUAGAUUAUAUUAUAUUAGAACACAGCACCACCUACAGUUAACUUUAUGACACACCAGGAAGAAGACAGGGGAGAAUGUCCUUCUAUUUCAUUUAACAUGAAUCCGUUUAAAUAUGAUAGCACUUGUGUUAAUGUCAGGUUUAUGCUGUUAUUAUUACAUACUGUACCUAUAGUAAUACAGAUACAUGGAUGUUUUACCUCCUUUAUAUCAAUACAAUGUAUGAAUGUAUUUGAGCCCUGAAAAUAUAAUGAUGAUGAUGAUAAUGUUUUGCACUUUGAUUGUUUGAUAUACUGUACCUUGUUAACUAGAUUUAAGUGUAUCACGUUUUAGUUCCUGUUUGUAUUUAUUUUAAUCAUGGAUGUUGCUUGUUGUGUUUGACCCCACUUGAUUUUACACUGUUUAUAAAUCAGGCUAUUAUUCUCACUUGAGAUGUACAAUGUUUUAUAUUGUUUAAGAUUCAAAAGCAUUCUUUAAAUAUAUUGUGUUCUCCCCGUUUGAUAUAAAACUAUACGCUGUAUUUAAAAAAUCA